CGUCCUGUCGCUGCCGCCGCCGCCGCCGCCGCGAGCAGCCCGCCUGUCGACAGCGACGCCUGCAUGUCCAUGAGCCUGGCGAGCACAUAUCCAGGACGCGGGACCUGCAACGUAACGCUGACAGCAAAGAGCGGAUGGGCAUCCUGUGCGGCACUUUUUCCACACCGGCCAUGGCUGCCCAGACGACGGGCCAAUGCAUCACGAACAACACUUGGUCUCGGAGGGUGACAGCUGCAGGAGAGAGGCCAUCUGCCAUCGGGCCGAGUCCAGGGAUAUAUCUGCCACCCAACCGAGUCCAGGGAGACGCUGCCAUCGGGUCUCUUGCACUUGGCCCGAGCAGCCUUGCAAGACUCGUAACGACAUCCUGCGGGUCGCCGAUCUAUCCUGCGGAUCCGCUCGCCGGUCCUGUCCAUCGCAUGCUCGGCUGCAAUCGCCCCUGUCGCAUGGCUCGCCGAUCGUCUGCUUGGACAGUCAUCUGCCUCGGCCGUGUCCAUCCCGUCUUGCGGUGGCCGAGACACCAGUGUCUUUCUGCUUGCCAGCCGCUGGCCGGGUCAGUCCCCGCCCCCGGCCUGCAUCCCAAUCUGCCAUCGCACCAGAGACCAUGUGAGCAGCACUCGGCCAAGACUGCAGACGCAAGCGUCCUCGUGGGGCAAUCUGGUCCCCAAUUCGCCUUGGCUGGUCCACCGACUCGCUGUUCCAUUAUCCCGUUGCGUGCCUAUCUGCCCUCUCGGGCUCUCGAGCAGCCUGGCUGAUUCUCCUCUCCGUUACGCCUGUCUGCCUUGGUGCACUUUGCCGGUUCGCUGUCGGUGUUGUCCGCGUUCCUGCCCCUUACACUUUAUUCAGAAAAAAACGGGACAACAUAGCCGUUUCCAUGAAC